AGAGGCGCUCCUUCGAUGCUGGGAUUUUGGUACCGAGUACUGGACGUGAAGUAUAAAUGCUGAUAGCUUUCAGGCGAUAUUUUGAUUGCCUGGGCCUAUAUUUUGGCGAUAGGAAAUACAUACACAAGUAUUCAGUGUUAGUGGCUUCCCGUUUAUGCCCUCCAUCUCGCAAUGAAAAGAACCCUAACUUUCAAAUCAGACACACUCAUCAGCUGGCAAGGUUAUCAUGUUUAUGAUAUUCGUAAGAUGAGUACAGAGCAAAAGACAGUCAUCAUGAAGAUGAGUCUCGCGAAUCAGCUCUUAUACAACCCAAUUCUCACUUUGGUGAAAGCCUCGGUUAUUUUGUUCCUACUGAGAAUCGGUGGUACGAAGUCUUAUGUCAAGAAAUCUCUUUAUGUCAUCUUCUUCAUCAAUGCUGGUCUCGUCAUUGCAAUCUUCGUUGCAGACGCUUUUCAAUGUACGCCUUUUCACUACGUCUACGACGCUUCAUGCAUGGACUUGGAAGCCCAGAGAGUAGCUGGUGCUGAUAGUAACGGCAUGGUUGACGGAAAGCUGAUUAAGGGUGGGAAAUGUUUUAAUCAGAGACUAUUCUUCCUCUUUUCGGCGGGUUUUGCAGUCGGAACUGAUCUGGCAGUCAUCGCCAUUCCCACUUUGAUAGUGUGGAAUUUGAAGAUGACGAAAAGAAGGAAGAUUGCAGCAGUGUGUGUUCUUAGUACUGGAGUUCUGUAAGUUACAGCGUUGCAUGGUCACCAACAUCUACUGAUCACUCAUCCGCGCAGAGUAACUGGUGUAUCCAUUCUUCGGCUCGUUCUCUACUAUGGGCGUUUCGAUCCACGGAAUCACGACACGACUCACAAUGUUGACUACACCACCUCCUCAAUGGAAGCGAACCUAUCGAUUGCAGCAGCCUGCAUCACAUCUCUCGUACCGCUCAUGAAACGGUUUCUCCCCAGAAUUCUUGGUUCCAAUGAUGCAUCCAGCGCAUACGAACCCUCGACGGAGGGGUUCCAAAAAUCAGACCAAGGAGGCCAAUUUCCUUUGAAAGCCGUGAGCGGAAAACUGGAAACUUGUAGGCGGGGCAAAUCAUACAAGUCACAAGGAGAUAGCGUGUUGGAUGGUUGGAAUUCCGAAGAAGCUAUCGUCGAUAACGAUAUUUUGAAGACGAUCAAUGUGGACAUAAGCUUCGAUGCAAAAUCUUCUCGUAAGCAGGCACAGAGAUACAAGUAUAUGGAUUCUUUUUGAAGGUUGGGAGUAUGGUAUCAUAUAU